AUGAAGAAAGGGAUAGCGUUUGAGUGGACGCCCGCAUGCGAAGAAGCCUUUCAACACUUCAAGGAAAUCCUGGCGGCACCUCCCGUUCUCGGGAAGCCAAGGGACGGGGAACCACUAUACCUAUACCUCGCUAUAACAAGCGAAGCCCUGGCCGCAGUACUGGUACGGGAGGACGGGAAAGCCCAACAGCCAGUCUACUUCGUAAGCAGGGCCCUGCAAGGAGCAGAACUAAGGUAUAGCAAGUUGGAAAAGCUAGCCUUGGCACUCCUAACUUCUUCGAGAAGGUUAAAACAGUACUUCCAAAGUCACCAAGUUGUCGUUAGAACGGACCAAGGGAUCCGGCAAGUUCUCCAGAAACCCGACCUGGCGGGAAGAAUGAUGACUUGGUCCAUCGAACUCUCUCAGUAUGACAUACGGUACGAGCCCCGGCAAGCCAUCAAGGCGCAGGCCAUGGCGGAUUUUUUGGUUGAAGUAACAGGAGACCCAGGCGAAGACAUGGGUACACGGUGGAAGCUCCACGUGGACGGAGCCUCCAACCAGACCUACGGAGGUGCCGGGAUCAUCCUGGAGAGCCCAAUCGGGGUUGUAUACGAACAGUCGGUUAGAUUCGAGUUUCCCAUCUCGAACAACCAAGCAGAAUACGAAGCCCUCAUAGCAGGCUUGAUCCUAGCAGCAGAGGUCGGAGCAAGGAGGCUGGAAAUAUGCAGCGACUCCCAAGUCGUCACUUCCCAAGUAAACGGCAGCUACCAAGCCAAAGACCCCUUGUUACAGAAGUACUUGGAAAAGGUUAAAAGCUUGAGCCAGAAGUUCGAAGAGGUCACGGUCCAACACGUACCCAGAGAAAGGAACACACGGGCAGACCUUCUAUCAAAAUUGGCCAGCACAAAGCCAGGGGAGGGGAACCGGUCUCUUAUCCAAGGCAUGACAAGAGAACCAGCAAUUGCACUACACAUAACAACCCUAAGUUCUUCAUGGCUAGACCCCAUCACCAACUUCCUAGAACACGGCCAAGUCCCUGGUGAUGAAAAGGAUGCGGCGAAAUUAAGGAGAGAAGCGGCCAAAUACGCCGUCAUCCAAGUACAGCUGUUCAGAAAAGGGCUUAGCCAGCCCCUACUGAAGUGCCUACACCCCGACCAGACGGACUAUGUCCUCUCGGCCAAUUGCAGAAAAUUCAUGUGGAGGCAGGUGAUAACACGAUUCGGGAUACCGGAAGUCGUCAUCUCGGACAACGGCACACAGUUUACUGACAAGAAGUUCACGGAAUUUCUCAGCGGCCUGGGCGUAAGGCAAAGGUUCUCUUCGGUAGAACACCCUCAGACGAACGGACAAGUGGAGUCCGCCAACAAGGUUAUCCUCUCAGGGCUAAAAAGGAGGUUGGACAAUAAAAAGGGUGCUUGGGCCGAUGAACUAGCAGCGGUUCUCUGGUCCUACCGAACGACCGAACAGUCAUCCACUAAAGAAACUCCUUUCCGACUAACGUACGGUGUGGACGCGGUGAUACCCGUGGAGAUCGGGGAACCAAGCCCGCGGUUGCUCCUAAAGGGAGUGGAGGAAACCGUAGAAAAGGACCUGAUAGAUGAAGCCAGAGAGAUGGCCCAUUUGAUAGAAACGGCGCUGAAACAAAGAGUGGCUCUGCGCUACAACACCAAAGUGCUCAAGAGGAAAUUCGAGCCAAACGACCUCGUCCUAAGACGAAACGACAUCGGCCUGCCGGCCCCCGGAGAAGGCAAGCUAGCGGCUAACUGGGAAGGCCCCUAUAGAAUCCGGAAAGCGAUGGGAAAAGGAGCAUUCAAGCUAGAAAGACUUGACGGCAAGGAAGUCCCGAGAACAUGGAAUGCGGACAACCUAAGAAGAUUCUACUCCUAG